AUGAAUUAUAUAAAAUUAGAAGGAUUAUCAAUUGCAUCAUACUUCGAAAUGAAAUACAUAACUACAUCUUCUAUUUUAUUAAUUGUCUUUUUUGACAUUAUCAAAGUUUACAGUACUACUACAAACCGUACAUUUAUUUCUUAUAAUGAUCAAACACAUUCAGAUAGUAUAGGAAGAAGAUGUAUUGAAAAAUAUAAUGAAAAAAAAAAAGAAAAAAAUAAUACAAAAUUUACACUUAUAAAUGUUACAAAAGCAGAAGUAUCAUGGACACCAAGACCAAUUAUAUUUAGUUUACUUUUGACGGCUGGUAAAAAUUGUAAUCUUUUAAUUGAUGAAGAUUCAAAUGAAGAUAGAAAAAAAUGUCCGCCUAAAUCUUUUACCUGUACACAAACUUAUUCCUCCACAGAUGGUUCAGAAAUAUAUAAUGUUAAAAAAUUAAAAAAUAAUAAGAAAAAUAUUGAAAAUUUACAAUAA